GAUAAAAUAAUUAAGGUUCUAUUUUGCUUUCACAUUUAUUCCAAACCGCUCUUUUUGCCUUCUGAGUUAAGUUUAUACUCUACCCAAACUGCUGCAGAUCCAUCGUUCCCGGCUUCUUAGAUUACGCGAUUUAUUCCCUUAGGGUUGUGGUGUAGUAAUUUAAGGUUCAAUGAUUGAGAAAAAGAGGGUUCAAGUUCUUCUCUUUCUCGUUGGUCUCAUCCUUCUUAGCAUCACUGCUGAAAAAUGUAGGGAGUUGGUUGGUCAAGAGGCUGCAUCGAAGAGUGGGGAGUUUACUUGGUUGCACUGUUUUGAUGGGAGUACAGGAACCGUAGCAUGUUUGGUCAAGGAAGGCGUGAAGCUGUAUGCUUAUAACAUCAGGUCUUCUCAUGUGGAGAGAGCAAGGAACUCAGCAAUCGAGGCUGCUCUGACUGAUGCCGUGUCACAAGGCAUAGCAGCAAAAGAGGCAGCUAAGCUAGCUCAGAAAGAAGGAGCAAAAGCUGCAAAACUGGCCGUUCGACAAACCAAGCGCAUUGUUGGUCCGAUUAUUUCUGGGGGAUGGGACUUUUUUGAAGCACUUUAUCUUGGAGGUACACCCACUGAGGGGUUCCUGAGGGGUUCGGGUACCUUAUUUGGCGCCUAUUGGGUUGGCUAUCUAGGGGAGCAGACCAUGGGUAGGUUUGGUUACCUGGUUGGAAGCGAGUUGGGCAGUUGGGUUGGAGGAAAGGUUGGGCUGAUGGUGUAUGAUUUAGUUAACGGAAUGGAGCAUUUACUUGUAUAUCUCCAACUAAAGGAAAUAGAAGUCGAUGCAACCCUGUCAGAUGAAUUUCACAAGGAUAGUAUAGCUGAAAGUUCCGAGGCCCCCAAGGACUCGUAUUAUGGUGAAUCAACUACGUAUACGAGCCUUGAAGCUUCUGAAGAGUCUGGUAGUUAUGAGGCUCCUGCUUAUGAGGACCCUGAAGUCCGUGAAGAAUUUUAGAUCAGAUGAAUUUCAAGCUGUGUUAUACAUGGUUCUUUUCAUAUUAUUAAUCAUUUGUCCUUUGCUUUAUCACUAUUUGUACAGGGAUUUGUUUGGGGAGGGGAGGAGGAGUUUGUAUUUGAGUCUGUUAUAGGAACCCUUUUACCUCAUUGACUUGUAAAAUGACAACAGAGUAGAAUUUCUUAGCCCACACAUAAUGAAUUUGGUUUAGCUUUGGAUAUAUUUCUGAUGAGAAAGCAGGAAUUAGACUUGUUGUGCC